GAUUUGGGCCUUCGUCGGCCUCUCUCCCUUUUCUCCCUUUUCUUUUUUUUUUUUUGGUUAAUGUUUUCCUCUCAUUCUCGCGUGUGACUUCCGAACAAAAUAAUAAGCCUUCUUCUAACCAAGAAGCGCUCUCUCCUUCUCUCUCUCAAAUACCCAGACCCCUACAAAACAAAACCAAAAAAAAAGAAAGAAAGAAAAUCGUACAGAGAAAACAUAACAGAAAAAAGAAACUGAGAUUGAAGUUUGCCUACUACUUCUUCUUCUUCUACUUGUCUCUGUAAUUUUCAUUUUAUAUCUAAUUUUUUAUUAAUCUGAGAGCAAAAAUAGAAAAAAAAAAAAAAGAUCUUGUCCUUCCUACAAUGCCCACUUUGUAGCGGGCAAGGGUUUUCCAUCUGGAUCAACAAAUUGGGGGAAACUUCCCAAAUUGGGAACUGAUUAGGGUUUUGAUCAGAGCAUAAAUGGGCUCCAGCUCACAUUUUUGGAGCAUCGGAUUGAAGAGUUAUUUGUCUCAAGCUUUAAUCUUUAAAGAGAUUGCUUAAGAAAUGGUGAUGUCAAAGCUUUUGGGCAUGGAGGAGGAUUGCUUUCAUAUUGAAUUGUGUAGAUACUGAUAAAAAAGGUUUGAAGAUUUAGUUGUUUUAGAGAAAAAGGGUAUUUGGGUUCUAAGUGAUUUUUUAUGUGUUUGAUCUCAAUUGGGGGAUGGUUUUGGUAUUGGGUUAUUAUUGGAAGGAGGAGGUGAUGAUUCUUUAUUGUCCCAGCAGGCAACGUAGAAGGUCAGAUUCUACUGGACCAUUUUUGUUUCUUAGAAAACCGUUUGGUUUAACAUAGUUUUCAGGUUAGAAUUCUUCAUCAAAAGAGCAUUUCUUUAAGUUAUCUUUCUUUGUGGGGCAUUGCUGAAGUAGCUUAGUGUAAGAUUACGGUAGGUUUAGUAAGUGAUUUCAGACUUGCGGUGGUGAUUUUUGCAUCUGAAGUGAAUUGUUUAAGUGAUAGAUAGUUGACCUGGGUGACUGUUGUGGUUAGGGAGAUUCAAGGGCUUGGUGGGUUUAGGAGUUUUACGUGCUAUUAAGUGAGAGGAGUUCAUGGAGGAACAUUGAAGCGGGAAAUGUGUGUAGGGUUAUGGUGCAUGGACAGGAGCAUAGUAACUUGUUGUUCCUUUUCCAGAACAUCGCUACUGGAAGAUAAUUCAAGUGAUUUGGCUUUUGGAAGGCAUUCGUGUUUCGUGUUCUGAAAUUCUGUGAAAUGUCGCGUUGCUUUCCUUUCCCACCGCCAGGAUAUGAAAAGAAGGCUAGAACCGAUGACGUGGACAUAAUAAAAAAGGAGAAGCAAAAAGAGAAAAAGCAUAAGAAGGAUAAGAAGGACAAGGAGAAGAGAGAAAAUAAAGAAAAAAGGGAGAAAGAUAGGAGUGAUGGAAAGCAUAAGGAUAAGAAAGACAAAAAGGAAAAACACAAAGACAAAAAGAAGGAAAAGGAUAGAGAUAAAGAAAAAGAUAGAAGUAAUAACUCAGAAGAGAAGAAAUUUCCUGGUCAUCCUGAGGGUCAAAAUGGGGAGAAAAUCUCAGAUGAGAAGAAGCUUCAAGGAAAGUUUGAAGGUCACUGUGGGGAGAAGUUUAUUCAGAAAGAGAAGGGUAGGGAUAAAGAUCGAAGCAGUUUAUCAGGUGAGAAGAAACUUGCUGGGCAAGUUUCAGGUUAUAAUGGGGAGAAGAUCAGCCAGAAUAGCCAUCUGGCUGAAGAUUUCAGGGAUUCUAAAUUUGUGCAGGAGUUGGGAAGGAGGGUUAGAGAUGAAGGUGCAGGAACUGGAAACCAAUUGGCUGAUAAGUUUAUGGUUACCGACCGAAAAAGAGAUGAGGGAAUGGUCAGAUUGGUGGCUAAGACAGCCAACAUAUUGGAAGAGAAGGACAAGAACAAGAGAAGUGAUGAUAGGAAGUUGGAUGUGCAAGGAAUCAGGGAGGAGACAAGAUCUAGUGGAAAUGCUAUGGUUCAGAACCUUCCUGGAGCAGCUAAAGCUAGAGUUGAAGGGAUUCCUAGACAAGUGGAGGGGAAAGAAAAAACCAAAGAAAAGGAAAGUGAUGAUAAAAUCAGGGAUAAACGCAAGGAUAAAGACAGGGAGAAAAAAAGUCAUGGGAAAGAUAAGGACAGGGACAGAGAGAAGAAGAAGGAGGAGAAGGCGAAGGCAAAAAGUGAACGUAGGAAUUUUGAGCUGGAUAACGUAAAAGGAAGCAACAAAGAUGACCCUGUGGGUACCAUUAAUCUGAAAACAUCACAUCCUUCCAAGGAGGGCAACAAGGAUGCUGUUGCUGAGGGAAAUCUCCGCAAGCGAAAGGACUUGGAAAAAAAUGGAUUUUUUCAUGUUAAUGACAAUAAACCCAAUAAGUUUCCAAGAACUUCUUCUUCCUCUCAUCCAUUGACGGACAAUGGAAGGACAUUGGAAUCUUGCCAAGCUCCCAUACCACUUACUUCGGAUAGCCAAGGGGCAGGAACCAGUCUUAAAGUGGAUAAUAAAGAUUGCAAGGUGAAUGGUAUCAUUGAAGCGCAGCUGUUAUCUGUCUCCCCAACAAAGCCUUUAGCAGCAAAUGCACAAGCUAUUCAAAUUGAUGAAGUGUCUAUGAAACCACCCCAUCCAGAUUCCAAGUAUUUGAGCCAGGUACUUUCGGUGCCCAAAAUGGAAGAAUGGUCUGAUUUUGAUGACCAAGAAUGGCUAUUUCACAGCAAUGAAUCUCAAUCAAAGAAGCCCAAGGUGGGAUUUUCUGAGAUUGAUGAGGCACCACAAGUGUGGGCAGAGGCGCUGCAGAUAGAGUCAGCUGAUGUUUGUGCUCUCCCAUAUGUUAUUCCAUACUGAUUUGGUCUUUUAUUAGUGGGCACAUGGUCAACCCCUCCUACAAUCCAGCAGGAUAUGGCCUUCUGGGCGGAUUGUUUGAUUUCUGUUGAGCAUUCUUUUGUUGUCAAACACCGGUGCUGCAGUGAAUGUUUUUGCAUGACCGGCUGCCAAACUUUGUUGAAAGGAAGUGAUCUGUCUCGUCGACGAGCACAUGCUCUAUCGUGUUUGGAGGGUGGGUAUUUGCCCCUUGGUUCGAACCAACUAAUUCAUUCAAAACACACGAUGCCACAAAGGCAACCGAAUGAAGGUGCCUUGAAAGGGAGAUGUAUAAGCUUGUGCAAUUCUUAUUUUAAUUGCUUAAAGCUGAGAAGCUCUUUCUAAUUGAGAAUGUAAGAGAAACUAGCUGUGGUCUUUGCAACUCCACUGCAAUUUUGAUUUGUAACAUAGAACUCUUAUUUACAAGAAAUGUAAGAUAGAGGGAAAAGAAAGUAGUAGCAUUCAUUUAUUCACCUCUCUUUGUAACUGUUGUU